AUGUAUCUUUUCAGCAUUCAUCAUAUUGUUUUUCCAAAUUCAGAGUAUCCCUGGAGAGCAGGAACCAUGAGGGAAGAAUCGUUAAGUUUUUUGAGUUUCUUAAUGUCUCUGUUGAUGUUCCUCUUCAUCAGUGAAAUACAAGCAAGAAAACUUCAACAAUGUUCUUCAUCCUGUGGAGAAAUCAAUAUAGAAUACCCUUUUCGCCUAGAGGGAGAUCCAGCAAAUUGUGGUAAUUCUGACUUUGAACUUUCAUGCGAGAGCAACAAAACCAUCCUUGAAUUCGAUUCAGAAAAGUGUUACAGGAAUAUCAGUGAUCCAGCCUGUAGAAGAGUUCCUUGUUGGAGUGGCAAUAACUCAUAUAUUUAUAUUACAUAUUCAGCUGACGUUGUUUCUAGUAUUCCAGUUUCUUGCUCGGUCAUUUCAGUGGUUCCAUCAAAAAUUAAUUUUACAUCUACAUUUAGGAAUAAUGAGAUUCCUUCUUAUGAAACCUUCCGCGAGAUUCUGCAGAUGGGUUACAAUCUCACAUGGUCAGUUGAGGGUGUCAAAGAUUCUGGUGAAUGUGAACUUACUCUGAUAUCACGUUUACCCCGAACUUUUAUUUGCAAUAAUAAAAAUGAAGUGGCUCUUUUUUCAAGAUUUAUCCUGGCUCCCACCAUUCUGUUGCUGUAUAUUCUCCACAAAUAUAGAAAAAAGUAUAAUAGAACUGAUAAUGUUGAGAAAUUUUUGCACAAUCAGCAAUCCUGGAUGCCUAAAAGGUACUCGUACGCUGAGAUAAUGGCAAUGACAAACCACUUCGAAGUCCAUUUAGGCAAGGGUGGCUUUGGAUCUGUCUAUAAAGGUCAACUUCGCAGGGGCUGCUUAAUUGCUGUUAAAGUGCUAGAAAACUCCAAGUUCAGUGCUGAAGAAUUCAUCAAUGAGGUGUCUACGAUAGGUAGAAUUCAUCAUGUUAAUGUGGUGCAAUUGGUCGGUUUUUGUGCAGAGGGAUCUAAACGUGCCCUUGUAUAUGAGUAUAUGCCUAAUGGAUCUCUUGAUAGACAUAUCUUCUCAAAAGUAGAUAGAGGUACGACAUCAUUCAGUUGGGCGAAACUUCAUGAGAUUGGUUUAGCAACAGCUCGUGGGAUUGAGUAUCUUCAUGUGGGCUGUGAUGUGUGCAUUCUUCAUUUUGACAUCAAGCCUCAUAAUAUCUUAUUAGACCACAAUUUUCACCCAAAAGUCUCGGAUUUCGGACUUGCAAAAUUUUAUCCAAAGGAAAAUGAUUUUGUGUCCGUUAGUGCUACAAGAGGAACUAUAGGGUACAUAGCUCCUGAGUUAGUUUCAAGGAAUUUUGGACCCAUCUCAUGCAAGUCCGAUGUUUAUAGUUUUGGGAUGCUAUUGCUGGAAAUGGUCGGAGGAAGAAGGAAUUCUGAUAUGAGGACAACUCGUUCGAGCAGAGCAUACUUCCCGUCGUGGGUAUAUGACAGAAUAAAUUUAGGAGAAGAUUUAGAGCUCCCAAAUGUUUUCGAAAUUGAAGUUGUCAUAGCGAAAAAACUUUGUAUAAUUGGGUUAUGGUGCAUUCAAGUGAAGCCAGUAGAUCGUCCUUCAAUGACCAAAGUUAUGGAAAUAUUAGAAGGAAGCAUUGAUGAAUUGCAGAUGCCUCCUAAGCCUUUCUUUUCUUCUACUCAACAUACCUCCAUCAGAGGGACUGAAUCCUAUUCUUCAACUGAGUGGCAAUUAUCUGAAUCAAUAGAAGAAUCAAUUCUUGUAGAAUAA